AUGAAGGAAUCCCAAGAUAUCGAAACAGCCACGACGGCUUUGUCGCCAACCAAUGCCACUGGGCCUCCAGAUAACAAGGCGCGUCGCUACGAUCGACAACUUCGUCUUUGGGCUGCGUCGGGGCAAAAUGCACUAGAAUCAUCGCGCGUCUUGGUCAUUAACGGGACAGCAACAUCAACUUCAACGCUAAAGAACCUUGUCCUCCCUGGAAUCGGCCAUUUCACCAUCCUGGAUCCAUCCAAAGUCACGCCUGCUGAUGCGGGGAACAACUUCUUUCUCAACGGCCCCCACAGUAUUGGCAAAUCUCGAGCCGAAGAGGAGGUUAGAUUGCUUCUGGAGCUGAACGAUGGUGUAGAGGGGAUGGCCGAUACGAGAUCACUGGAAGAGGUUCUGGAUACGGACCCAGAAUGGAUCUCUGGAUUCACAGUAGUCGUUGCGCACAACCUGGACUCGAAAUUGCUGGACCGACUGGCGACUUUCCUAUGGUCAGACGAUUCUCAUCCAUGUCUCUUUGUGAUUCGGUCAUCAGGGUUCCUAGCCGAGUUCUACAUCCAAUACCACGAACACGCUAUCAUUGAAUCGCACUCGGAAACCGCGCCUUCGCUUCGUAUUGAUAAAGCCUUUCCUGGGCUUCUCGAAUACGCGAAGUCGCUGGAUUUUAAGACCAUGGAUCCAACGGAGCACUCUCAUAUCCCUUACGUUGUCAUCCUUGUCAAAGCCCUAGAAGAUUGGAAAGCAGAGGCGAGUCUCCCUCACGGUGGACUGCCCCCACAAACAUACCCUGAGAAGCAAGAAUUCAAGAAAUCUAUCGUCGCCAUGAAGAUCAAACCCGACGAGGAAAACUUCGACGAGGCAGAAGCCCAGGCAUACAAAUGCUGGACAUCAACGACAGUUCCAUCCGAAGUGGCCGAGCUCUUCCAGGAUACGAGACUGACUAACAUCACACCAAAAACGCCUCGUUUCUUUGUCCUCCUCGCCGCCCUCAAGGAGUUCACCCAACAAGAACCCUACGCGUUACCAUUAAGUAGCACGCUCCCCGAUAUGAAGAGUAAUACAGAGAACUACGUCCAUCUUCAGAAGCUGUACAAAACGAAGGCCGAGGAGGAGAAGGGCGUGAUCAAGAAGCUCCUUGCUGCGCCGGUGCCCAGCGAUCUGGUAGAUAGUUUCGUCAAGAACGCCCACGGCUUGAAACUCCUCAAAGGAAAGCUGUGGGAUGCGCUGAAUGGUGAUAAAGAAGCGCUGGCCAACUCAGUCGGUACUCUGCCCAAACAAGUCUCCGCGCACCUCGCCCUCUCUGCCUUGGCCACUUUCCAUUCUGAUAACCCCACCGCGACGCCCACAGUAGACGCCCUCACGGCAGAAGCGAAGAAGAUACUCCCCGAGCUGCUAGAAGGCUGGGACGAUGCCGUCGGAGAGGUUGUUCGCGCACCGUUCGCAGACCUCCCGAAUACUGCGGCGUUCCUCGGGGGGCUCGUUGCCCAAGAGGUCAUUAAGAUGAUCACCAAGCAGUAUGUGCCCAUCAACGGGUACUGCGUUGCUGAUCUUGUUGAUUCUUGGACGGGCGUUAUAUGA